AAAUAUUUUAAUUUUAUCUGUUCCAUACAUUUUUUCAUUAGUUUAAAUAUCAAUCUUCCACUUUGACAAGUUGUUUCCUGUCAUGUCUAGCCGCCAUAUUUGUUUACAACCUGGUUCCCCUUCACGAGAGAAAGAACUAGGAGGGUACCAGAUACUGUUUCAGCUCUAUGUUUUGAUUAAUUGAUUUGAAGCUUGCAUAUAUGAGAGAUGGAGAAAAAUGUGGCAAAUAUUUCCAGGCCACAGUCACUUCUUGACCAGUGCACUGAAAUGGUAGCUACUCACCUUGACCAAGUAGAGAGUUUUGUUGGUCUACCGUCGCUGAUAGGGGAGAGGAUAUUUAAUGCUGGUUGUAACAGGGAGAGGUUCAAGUUGGAUGUUGAAUAUUCAACACAAGCAGUAAGACUUUUCACAGAUGCUUACGAGGAACAGUUCUUGUCAAGCCUCAGUGUUAGUGGUGAGCAUUUAGGUUUGAACUACUGUUUGGAACAGAUAUUGUUAUUUAGAGAUCUGGUAAAGCUUGAUAUGUCAUAUUGCGGUCUUGGAGAUGAUCAUGAAAUGUUGACGCAGUUUCAGAAUCUAAACAGACUGGAAGUGUUUUCAUUGCGGGGAAAUGUUAUAACCAACACAGGCAUUCAGAAAAUGACUGCUCCCUACAGAAUGUUCAAUAGAGGUCCCACUUGUUUACAGAUAUUAGAUCUUAGAGAUAACAAGCAGAUAUCAAAGAUGUGUUUAAAAUAUUUGACAAAGUUUGAUUUACUAAAUACAGUGAUGUUUUCUGAGCUUCAACAGGAAAAGUCAAAGACCUAUGGAUGUUGGACACUGGUAGAAGAAAAGUUAGAGAUAAAUAUUGACACAGUGGGAUGGGCUAAAGUUCUGAUUGAUAGAUGGAUGUUGCAAGCCAGACAAAAAUCUGUAAAGUCUAAACCAAAACCCAAGACUGGAGCAUUCUCAAUAAGAAAAUGUAUACCACAGACUGUUACAGAUGUUUUAACAUCAAGUCAUGAUGCUGGGAACCAGCAAUAUUGUGAUGUCAUAGCAAGAAGAAUAACUGUUUUAGGAAAUAACACAUUUAGUAGAAAUAAAGCAGAUGUAAACCACAAUAGAUUCAGUAGAGAGCACGUUUCUCCAGAAUGCAGCAAUGAUAGUGACAGAGAAAAGGUGGUCAAUCUUUAUGAAGUGUAUGGAAAAGUUGAUAAUAUUUACAAAGAAAAACCCACAUUACAAAUAUUAAAUGAGUGUAAUGGAGAUCAGAAAUGCUCAGAGAAAUCUGUGGGACAAAGUGUCAGGCACUCUAGAAAUGGCAGACAAAGAAGUUCUGAUCAUAUUACAUUAAAAUCUUCAAAAGAUUGCCUAAUAAGUUCAGGAAAUGCUAAUCCAUUUAAAAUGGAUAGUUACAUUGGUGUAGAUGGUAAAACAAAAACAACUUGUGAAGGAAAAGUACAUUCUAAAGUCAAUGAUAUAAGGGUAAAGGGACAUAACUUAAGGACUCACGGACAUACCCAGAAGGUCAAAGGAAGUGAUAUAAGAAUAAAGAGUAGUGUUAAAAAAGUUGAUCAAACUAAUAUAAAAAUUUCCAGAUUCUUUACUAGUACACAGACUGUGCAAUGUAAUGAAGUUAAACCUCAGUGUGAUGACCAGUUUAAAGACCAUAAACAAUGUGUAACCAAUGACAACCAGUCAAAUUUCACCCCAACAAGCAAUACUUCACAGGGAGACGCAGACUCUGUACUACAAGGAGAUUCAGCGUUAAGACAGAAUAUAAAUCCAAGUGUUACAAAAUCCAGGAAAAGAAAAAGAAUAGUGAUCAAGCAUAAUCCUGGAUUAAAAUCUUCAUUUAGUAGUGAAACUGAGGCAUUCAGCUUUGACGAUGAAAACAAGGAAAAUCCUGACAAUAAGAAGGAGGAUAAAGAAUUGAAUAAUGAAUCUUUACAAAAAACAAAAAAGUUUAAGUCAUCUUUAAUGCAGUCUUUAGAUAAGUGUUUUUGAUAUCAUUAAAGUAAUAAAUACUA